AUCCGGCCGCGGAGCGUCGGAGCGGAUGCUAGUGACCGUUAGGGCCCUUUAGGACGCAGCUCUUCGUCAUUUCGUCACCAGAAACCGUUUAAAUGCCCACGUAAAGAUAAAACACACUAAGGCGAGUUGUGGUUAAACAUAUAGGUGUGUAUGGGAAUUUCCGUCUAACGUAGCGGUGAGGUGAGAACCGACUCAACCCGAGGGGGGGGGGGGGGAGUGUUGACGGUGUAACACCGCACUUCAGAAGAAGACGCCGCUCGAAAUCUCUUCACAGUAAAAAAAAAAAAACAGAAUCCCGUUGAGCUCCGUUCUGUCCGUUGACCAUUCCUCGUCAUUCACGCGUCGUAAAUGAGUCACCGGGGAGCUCGUGAUGACGACAGCUGCGGGGACCGGAGAGUCGCGUACGUCCACAGCCCGGAGUACAUCGAGUGCUGCGACAGUUUGUCCAAAGUGCCGAACCGGGCGAGUAUGGUCCACUCCCUGAUAGAAGCCUACGGACUCCUGGAACACGUGAGCACCGUUAAACCUCAAGUGGCCUCCAUAGAGGACAUGGCCAAGUUCCACACAGACUCCUACCUGGAGCAUCUCCACAAGAUCAGCCAGGACGGAGACAACGACGACCCCCAGUCGGUUGACUACGGCCUGGGUUACGACUGCCCGGUGUCGGAGGGGAUCUACGACUACGCGGCGGCUGUGGGCGGCGCCACGCUCACGGCAGCCCAGUGUCUGCUGGACCAAACGUGUGAAGUGGCCAUCAACUGGGCGGGGGGGUGGCACCAUGCCAAGAAGGACGAGGCGUCGGGCUUCUGCUACGUUAACGACGCCGUGUUGGGAAUCCUCAAGCUGAGGGAGAAGUACGAGAGGGUCCUGUACGUGGACGUGGACCUGCACCACGGAGACGGUGUGGAAGAUGCCUUCAGCUUCACGUCCAAAGUCAUGACCGUCUCCCUGCACAAGUUCUCCCCUGGAUUCUUCCCAGGUACGGGGGACGUGUGUGACACGGGCCUGGGUAAAGGCCGCUGGUACGCCGUCAACGUCCCCCUGGAGGACGGCAUCAAGGAUGACCGAUACUACCAGAUAUUCACACGCGUGAUGCAGGAAGUGCGAGCGCAGUUCAACCCGGAGGCGCUGGUGAUGCAGCUGGGGGCCGACACCAUGGCGGGUGACCCCAUGUGCUCCUUCAACAUGACCCCGGUGGGGGUGGGCCAGUGUCUGCAGCACGUGCUGGAGUGGCAGCUGCCGACGCUGCUGCUGGGAGGAGGAGGUUACAACCUGGCCAACACGGCUCGCUGCUGGACCUACCUGACGGCGGCGGUGCUGGGAAAGACCCUCUCCUCCGAGAUCCCGGACCACGAGUUUUUCACAGAGUACGGACCUGACUACUCGCUGGAGAUAAGCCCGAGCUGUCGCCCAGACCGCAACGACACCAAGCACCUGGACCAGGUCAUCAGCACCAUCAAAGGGAAUUUAAAGAAUGUGGUUUAGGACGCGGCAGCCUCCUCCUCCUCCUCUCACACACACAAACACACACCGUGUCUCCACCCGGCUCCAUAUGCCGUCUUUAAUGAAGACAAUAUGAAGCGCUCCCCUUCAGGCCCCAAGGAGGGACCAAGGAGGAGAAAAGAGGAGAAGAGAGGAGAAGAGAGGAGAGGGAGGAAGGUUUUUUGGAAAACAUGAGCCCAGUGUUUCCAGUAGAAAAGAGUUUAAUAAGGGUGUGUGUGUGUGUGUGUGUGUGUGUGUGUGUGUGUGUGUGUGUGUGUGUGUGUGUGUGUGUGUGUGUGUGUUUUAAGUGAAAGUCCUUAUUCUCCUGCAGUGGUUCGUUCUGUGCUGCUGAGGACAAACGGGCCGAAUAACAUCAGAACUCUUGUGACUCUCAUCAAAGAACCAACAAGGGCUGCAAAGCUCUGAAAAGUUGAUCAAUUGAGAGACGUUGAAUGUUGGUAAAGUUUGUUCUGGUAGAAUCUGUUCUAAUCACUACUACUUUUUUCACUAUUUAGAAGGUUUUCAUGAACUUUCAACAUGUUUUAAGAUGAAAGCAGAUGUUCAAUAAAGAGACAUGAAUGUCCCUAAACAUGU